AUGACAUCUCUUGUUCCUGCAACCGUCUCCUUCCUUCUCCUCUGGACCCUGCCAGGGCAAGUCCUCCUCAGAGUGGCCUUGGCAAAAGAGGAAGUCAAUUCUGGGACCAAAGGGCCCCAACCUAUGUCCCCCUCUGAUUUCCUGGACAAGCUUAUGGGACGAACAUCAGGAUAUGAUGCCAGAAUUCGACCCAAUUUUAAAGGCCCACCUGUGAAUGUGACUUGCAACAUCUUCAUCAACAGUUUUGGCUCUGUCACUGAGACUACUAUGGACUACCGGGUGAAUGUCUUCUUGCGGCAACAGUGGAAUGACCCACGCCUAGCCUAUGGAGAAUAUCCUGAUGACUCUUUGGACCUUGAUCCCUCCAUGCUAGACUCUAUCUGGAAGCCAGACCUGUUCUUUGCCAAUGAGAAAGGGGCCAGUUUCCAUGAGGUGACCACAGACAACAAGUUACUGCGCAUCUUCAAGAAUGGGAAUGUGCUCUACAGCAUCAGGCUGACCCUCAUUUUGUCCUGCCCAAUGGACCUCAAGAACUUCCCCAUGGAUAUCCAGACCUGCACGAUGCAGCUGGAGAGCUUUGGCUACACCAUGAAUGACCUCGUGUUUGAGUGGCUGGAAGAUGCUCCUGCUGUCCAAGUGGCUGAGGGGCUGACUCUGCCCCAGUUUAUCUUGCGGGAUGAGAAGGAUCUAGGCUACUGUACCAAGCAUUACAACACAGGGAAAUUCACCUGCAUCGAGGUAAAGUUUCACCUGGAAAGGCAGAUGGGCUACUAUCUGAUUCAGAUGUACAUCCCCAGCCUACUCAUCGUUAUCCUGUCCUGGGUCUCCUUCUGGAUCAACAUGGAUGCCGCCCCUGCUCGUGUGGGCCUAGGCAUCACCACUGUGCUCACCAUGACAACUCAGAGCUCUGGCUCCCGGGCAUCUUUGCCUAAGGUGUCCUACGUGAAGGCAAUCGACAUCUGGAUGGCUGUGUGCCUGCUCUUCGUGUUCGCUGCCCUGCUGGAGUAUGCUGCUGUCAAUUUUGUCUCCCGUCAGCAUAAGGAAUUCAUGCGACUUCGAAGAAGGCAGAGGCACCAAUGUAUGGAGGAAGAUAUCAUCCAAGAAUGUCGCUUCUAUUUCCGUGGCUAUGGCCUAGGCCACUGCCUGCAGGCAAGGGAUGGAGGUCCAAAGGAGAGUUCUGACAUUUAUACCCCCCAACCUCCAGCCCCUCUUCUAAGGGAGGGAGAAACCAUGCAGAAACUUUACGUGGAGCAAGCCAAGAGGAUUGACACCAUCUCUCGGGCUGUCUUCCCUUUCACUUUCCUCAUCUUCAACAUCUUCUACUGGGUUGUCUAUAAAGUCAUACGGUCAGAAGAUAUCCACCAGGCACUGUGA